AUGUGUCUAUUUGAAAUCAAGGAUACUUAUUAUCUUAUUUUGAGUUUGUGUUUUGGUGGUGCAAAAGCUCAGGGACUUUCAAGGAAUUACUAUGAUGUUUCAUGUCCUGAUUUGGCAUCUAUUGUCAGAACACAGCUCAAGAAGGUGUUCAAGAAUGAUAUCGGCCAAGCUGCCGGAUUGCUUCAGCUCCAUUUCCACGAUUGUUUUGUCCAAGGGUGUGAUGGGUCGGCGAGUGGGCCGGGCGAACAGUCGGCGCCGCCAAAUCUGAGCCUGAGGGCGGAGGCGUUCAAGAUUAUCAACGAUCUCCGACGACGGGUUCAUGACAAGUGUGGUAGGGUUGUGUCUUGUGCGGAUAUUUUGGCCGUUGCUGCGUGUGAUGCUGUUUUCCUCUCUGAAGGAUUUGACUACUACAUUCCCUUGGGGCGACGCGACUCCCUCAACUUUGCCACCAUGAAUGAAACCAUAGCCAACCUUCCGCCGCCCACCAGCAACACCUCGGCCCUCCUGACAUCCCUGGCUCGCAAGAACUUCACUGCCACGGACGUGGUGGCACUAUCGGGUGGCCACACCAUAGGCAUUACCCAUUGCUCCUCUUUUGCUGACCGCCUCUACCCUCAAGACCCUUCCAUGAAUAGUACAUUCGCCAACAACCUGAAAGCCACUUGCCCCACCACCAACUCCACCAACACCACCGUCCUCGACCUCCGCUCGCCCAACACAUUCGACAACAAAUACUACGUCGACCUCAUGAACCGCCAAGGCCUCUUCACCUCCGACCAAGACCUCUACACUGAUCCCAGGACCCGCCCCACUGUCACCGCCUUCGCCAUCAACCAAACGAUGUUCUUUGAUAAGUUUGUCGCCGCCAUGAUCAAGAUGUCCAUGCUUGGCGUGCUCACGGGGAGCCAGGGCGAGGUCCGCGCCAAUUGUUCGGCUAGAAAUGCAUAUACUGUCUUGGUCACUUCCGUUGGAGAAGCGAAGGAGGCGCGGUCCGGUUUUUAA